GGGCUAUGUUUUCUUUUUCGCAUUUUCGAUUUUUCCCACCGGGCAUCGAUCCCAACACCCCGCCGCAAGAUCCACGUGCGUUGUCGGGCUCGCUCUCCUGCUCUCUCUCGCUCUCUCGCUCUCUCGGUCUUUUGGGCCUGUUUUUGGCGCGGUGUCAUCCUGAGCAUCUUUCUUUCGCAGUUUGCUUGCACUGCCCCGCGUUUUUUGGAUUGCAUGUGCUAUUGAGAGGAAGAGAGAGAGAGAGAGAGAGAGAGAGAGAGAGAGAGAGAGAGAGAGAGAGAGAGAGAGAGAAGCUUUGAGCUAUGGAGCCCUCCGUUGUGGAAGAGCGGCUUCUUCUCGAGCUGAACGGCAGAUCAGAGAAAGGCGAUGUCGGCGGCGAUGACGGGGCGGUGCACUCGGAGGAUUUCGCAAAGCUCCUUGGAGUGGAACACGUGGCAAUCGUUGGGGUUAUCAAGAGUCUUCAGGCGCAUGAACUUAUUGAUGUCCAGGAACAAGACUGCAAACGAUGCACGGUAACGGAGGAAGGAGAGAGCUAUGCUGCGGAUGGCUCGCCAGAGGCACAGGUCUUUCGGAAGGUCCCGGCCGAUGGCAUUGCAAUGAACGAGCUCAAGGGACUUGUUGGGAAAGUUUAUGACAUUGGGUUCAAACAGGCCAUGCAGUCGAAAUGGAUAUCUAUUCAGAAAGGCGCGGUCACUACGGUCCACCGGAAGGUGGAGACAAUUCAGGAUAAAGUCCAGGAAAUUCUUGUGGGAGUGAAGAAGGGGUUGGAGUUCUCUGAGAAGGAGAUGGAACCGUUGAGGAAGCGGAAGCUUAUCUCUGUGCAACCGUACAAAGUCUACGUCCUACGCAAGGGCCCAAAAUUUGCUCUGAAAAAGACCAAGCCAGCAACGGACCUCACACGAGACAUGUUGGCAAGCGGUGCAUGGAAGACCCAGGAAUUCAAGAUGUACAAUUUCAAUGCACUGGGAAUUCCUACUGCAGGAGGCCAUCUGCAUCCACUUUUAAAGGUGCGUGCACAAUUCCAGAAGAUCUUCUUGGAGAUGGGGUUUGAAGAAAUGCCGACAAAUAACUUCGUUGAGAGCAGCUUCUGGAACUUCGACGCAUUAUUCCAACCUCAGAUGCAUCCUGCAAGAGACUCGCAUGACACGUUCUUCCUUGCAGAGCCUGCAACUGCAAGAAGUUUCCCUGAAGAUUACCUGGAGAGGGUUAAAAAUGUUCAUGAGCGAGGCGGCUAUGGAUCGACAGGUUAUGGGUACGACUGGAAGCGAUCUGAGGCGGCAAAGAACCUUCUCCGGACGCACACAACGGCAGUGUCUUCAAGGAUGCUCUACAAGUUAGCUCAAGACGGAUUCCAGCCUAAGAAAUAUUUCUCCAUCGAUAGAGUGUUCAGAAAUGAGGCAGUGGACAAAACCCAUCUCGCAGAGUUCCAUCAAAUUGAAGGUUUAGUUUGCGACCGAGGGCUCACGCUUGGCGACCUGAUUGGAAUGCUGAACGAGUUCUUUGGCCGCCUAGGGAUUAAGAAGCUGCGCUUCAAGCCCGCAUAUAAUCCAUACACAGAACCAAGCAUGGAGAUCUUCAGUUACCAUGAGACUUUCCAGAAAUGGGUGGAAAUUGGCAAUUCUGGGAUGUUCCGCCCUGAAAUGCUGCUUCCUAUGGGGCUUCCGUCUGACGUCAGUGUCAUUGCCUGGGGUCUCAGUCUAGAAAGGUUGAUCUUACGAUGAUAAAGGACAACCCGGUCUGCAGACUGGGUAUGUGAUGACGACAUGGAGGAGGAGGAGGAGGAGGGAGGAGCCAUGCAAGGGCGAGGGUGGUCCUCUGCCUGAUCUACAUGGCAAGCUGCAGACGAUGAGCAGUAGUGGUGCUCCGCUUCAUGAUCUACAUGGCAAGCUGCACACGACGAGCAGUAGACAGGCGAGGAAUUGAAAAGAAGAAGAAAAAAAACGGGAAAAAAAGGCGAGGCGAGCAAUUCAAUGCGAGGGUGGAUGCAGCAGAACAUCACAUGAACGUUGUCCUGCAGAGCACGACACAGUUUUUUGCUCAAGUAUUUGAUGUACGGACAACGUACACGGAAGGAAGCAACAGAUGGAAAUAGAGGUAGGUAGGCCCAAUGUGAGUGGACCGGGAGACGUUAGAGGUGAAGGUGUGUGCUUGUUUGCUUGGUGAGGAGGAGGACGGCGACGAGGACGAGCACAGGGAUGUUGUGUGUGUGGCAUUUUGUGUUGUUGUUUUGGAGGCGUGCAAUGAAUUUGGACGGGUUUCAGGCUCUCUCCAGUCUGCCUGCCAUUUUUGCAGAUGUGUAUGGGAUUAUUUGAAAGCGGUUUUUGAGUUGUGAAGCAAUUGAGGACAUAAGUGACAUAACUCAAUUUUGACGGAAUUGGUGCCGGCGAUUGAUUCACAAAAAGCGGUUUUUGAGAUGUUACACUUCUUUUAUUUUGAAAUUUGAAAAUUCUGACAAUUUUGAUGGAAUUGCUGCGGGCGAUUGGAGAGGGAGGUAAAUCCCCUAUUUGUACUGCUUGCCUUGCGCUGAGGUUUUUAAUGCAUGUGGACAUGGGUCGUGUCCAGAUGCAUUAAAAAUGUUGGUGGAUGGGGAGUGGUGCAACUAGGCCCACAGGCAAACGGACAGA